AUGACAGGGCACGCGCCAACUUCCGAGCAAGACCCUCGACAAUCGACCGUCGGCAGCUAUGCGCAGUACAUCGAAGCGCUUUUGUCUGGGUCGUCUCUUGAAGGAACGGACUGGUACAAGGACUGCGAAGAACUCAAAAACUUCUUGACGAGUUACUUCAACGACAAGGCCCAUCAGGAUCCGGGCGUCAAACAAGCAUUGGAAUCGAUGGUGAGCAGGUAUGGACAAUAUACGCGGGUAUUGGAGAUCGCGGAAGCGAGACUUCGCGACCAGAUCGACAUGAUCAGCUCAGGCAAGAGCAACGAGAUGGCAGAGCGAAGCAUCCAGGAGAGCAAGCGGGCAAUACUCUUGACGGUUCUGGCGUUCAUCUUUUUGCCCGUGUCCCUGGCUUCAUCUAUCUACGGUAUGAACGUCCAGCAAAUCAACGCUUCAGGUCUCGACAUUCGUGCUUUCGUCAUCACAGCCAUCGUCCUUCUUCUCGUAACUGUCCUACUCUGGGCCGGCGCAUCCGCUGUCGUGGCCUAUCGUAACCACCGCAUAGAAAAAUGGCAGUCGCGCAAGCGGGACGACCCUUAUUCCGCUGAGCGCUCACGCAGGGACAACAUCCUACUCAUCGGCAGUAGGAAAGAUGAUCCUAGAAUAUCACGGAAGGUGGUAGAGAAAUUGACAAGCGUUCGCUGA